AAAGCGGAAGUAAACAGGCUGACCGCCAUUUUGCAGACGGCCGCGGGUCCAGCCUAGCCAUCACCAUGGCGACAUCAGUGACCUUGGAGGACGCCCUGUCGAACGUUGACCUUCUAGAAGACAUUGCCCUUCCCGAUCAGCAGCCAUGUAUCGAACCCCCACCUGCCUCUAUUGUUUAUCAGGCCAACUUUGACACCAACUUUGAGGACAGAACAGCCUUCGUCACUGGUAUUGCCAAGUUCAUGGAGGAGGCCACUGUCCAUGCAAAACUGAAUGAGAUGCUGGAGGAAGGUGAUGAGUAUGCCGUGAUGCUGUACACAUGGAGAAGCUGCUCCAGGGCCAUCCCCUCUAUCAAAAGUAAUGAGCAGCCGAACAGAGUCGAGAUCUACGAGAAAACCGUCGAGGUUCUCGAGCCGGAGGUCACCAAACUCGUCAACUUCAUGUACUUUCAGAAGCGAGCUGUGGACUGGUUCUGUGAGGAAAUCAAGCGGCUGUGUCACCAGGAGCGACGGCGGGACUUCGUGUCCGAGGCGCACCUCCUCACCCUCGGCAAGUUCAUCAACAUGUUUGCCGUCCUGGACGCCCUCAAAAACAUGAAGAGCAGCGUCAAGAACGACUACGCUCAAUACAGGAGGGCGGCCGGGUUCCUGAAGAAGAUGGCCGACCCGCAAUCCAUCCAGGAGUCACAGAACCUGUCCAUGGUGCUGGCGAACCACGACAAGAUCACCAACACGCUGAAGGAGAAGCUGGAGACCAUCCCCGGCUACGAGGAGAUCCUCGCAGACGUCAUCAACAUCUGCCUGACGUACCUGGACACACGCAUGUACGUCACUCCUGAGGAGAAGCACGUGCUGUUUAAGGUGAUGGGAUUCGGCCUGUACCUGAUGGACGGGAGCCAGUCUAACAUCUACAAACUGGACAGCAAGAAGAGGAUCAGUCUGUCCAAGAUAGACAAGUACUUCAAGCAACUCCAAGUGGUGACAUUAUUCGGGGACAUGCAGAUCCCCCUCUACAGCUACAUCACCAAAUCUCCCCACUACGAGGAGAACAAGUCCCGCUGGACCUGCACAGCAACCAAUAACAGCCCUUCUUACAACAUCCUGGAACAGCUGCAGCCAAUCAGAGAGGAGCACACAAAGUACAUCAGUGAGUUGGCAAGGCACAGCAAUGAGGUUGUGACGACAGCGCAGAAGGACAGCCCGCGUACAGACGAGGAGAACAAGGAGCUGUGCGACCUGGCCCUGCGGGGGGUCCAGCUGCUGUCCUCAUGGACUGUGCAACUCAUGGAGCUGUACUCGUGGAAACUGGUCCAUCCAACCGACAACUUCUCCAACAAAGACUGCCCCAAGGAGGCCGAGGAGUAUGAGAGGGCGACUCGGUAUAACUACGACACGGAUGAGAAGUUUGCGUUUGUGGAGGUGAUCGCGAUGAUCAAAGGUCUGCAGCUGCUGAUGUCGCGAAUGGAGUCCGUGUUUAACGAGGCCAUCCGCAGAAACAUCUACGCAGACCUGCAGGACUUUGUGCAGAUCGUGCUGCGCGAGCCGCUCAGACAAACCGUCAAGAAGAAGAAAACUCUCAUCAAGAGUAUUCUGACAUCCAUCCGUGACACGUGUGUGGACUGGAUGCGAGGGAUGGAGCCCACAGACGACCCCUGUCUGAAGGGCGAGAAGGACCCGAAGUCUGGGUACCAGAUCCACGUGCCGCGCAGGAACGUCGGCCCGUCUUCCACUCAGCUGUACAUGGUGCGCACCAUGCUGGAGUCGCUGAUUGCGGACCGCGGCGGCCCGUCCUCCAAGAAAACUCUGCGGAAGGAGAUGGACGGGAUGGCGCUGACCUCGCUGGACGCCUUCCACAAACAGUCAUUCUUCUACACGCACCUGUUAAAUUUCUCAGAAACCCUGCAGAAGUGCUGCGACUUGUCCCAGCUGUGGUUCAGGGAAUUCUACCUGGAGCUGACCAUGGGGCAGAGGAUCCAGUUCCCCAUCGAGAUGUCCAUGCCCUGGAUCCUGACUGACCACAUCUUGGAGACCAAGGAACCCUCUAUGAUGGAAUACGUGCUGUACCCACUGGACCUGUACAACGACAGCGCUCACUACGCGCUGACAAAGUUCCGCAAACAGUUCCUGUAUGACGAGGUGGAGGCAGAAGUCAACCUGUGCUUCGACCAGUUUGUCUACAAGCUCAGCGACCAGAUCUUCACUUACUACAAGGCACAGGCAGCAAGCAUCAUGUUGGACAAGCGGUUCCGAGCUGAGUGUGCACAGCAUGGCAUACAGAUCCCCUACCCACCUGCCAACCGCUACGAGACGUUACUCAAGCAGAGACAUGUACAGAUCCUGGGCCGUUCCGUUGACCUGAACCGGCUGAUCACCCAGCGGAUCUCCACGGCGAUGCAGAAGUCGCUCGACGUCGCGAUCGGCCGCUUCGAGAGCGGAGACCUCACCGGCAUUGUGGAGCUGGAGUGCCUGACAGAAGUAAACAGACUGACCCACAAGCUCCUGUCGGAGCACGUUUCGCUGAUGGAUUUCGAGGCGAUGUUCCGAGAAGCGAACCACAACGUGUCCGCUCCGUACGGCCGCAUCACGCUGCACGUCUUCUGGGAACUCAACUACGACUUCCUGCCAAACUACUGCUACAACAACUCAACUAACAGAUUUGUGCGAGCCGUUUUCCCGCUGUCCCAGGAGGUAAACAGAGAGAGAGCUCCGCCCAACACACCGCAGGAUGUGUAUGGUACCAAGGUGUUAAACAAUGCCUACGGCCACAUCUACAACCUGUACACCGGGUUUGUCGGCUCGCCUCACUUCCGCGCCAUCUCCCAUCUCCUUGGUUACCAGGGCAUCGCCGUGGUGAUGGAGGAACUCCUCAAGAUCAUCAAGAGCCUGAUCCAGGGCAGUAUCAGGCAGUAUGUAAAGACCCUGAUGGACUCCAUGCCGAAGAUCUGCAAACUGCCGCGGUUUGACUACGGAUCCCCUGCGGUGUUGGAGUACUACUAUGCCCAGCUGCAGGACAUCAUUAACUACCCCGAGCUGAAGACGGAGGUGUUCCAGAGCUUCCGCGAAGUUGGGAACGCGGUGCUGUUCUGCCUGCUGUGCGAACAGAGUCUGGUAAGUACCAAAACUCCGUCCCAGGAGGAGGUCCGAGACUUGCUCCAUGCGGCUCCCUUCCAGAACAUCAUUCCAAGGCAGUAUGUCAAAGAGGGUGAGAAACCGGAGGCCAAAAUGAAAAAGUUGGAGCAGAAAUACCAGGCUCUACAGGUGACUUCUGUCAUCGAGAAACUGGGGACACCUCAGCAAGCAGCAAUAGCCCGUGAGGGAGACCUGCUGACUAAGGAACGCCUGUGCUGCGGACUCUCCAUGUUUGAGAUCAUCCUGACUCGGAUCAAGACUUUUCUGGAGGAUCAGAUCUGGCACGGCCCCCCUCCCGCAAACGGAGUCAUGAACAUCGACGAGUGCACCGAGUUCCACCGGCUCUGGAGCGCCAUGCAGAUCGUCUACUGCAUGCCUGUGGGCGAGAACGAGUUCACGGUCGAACAAUGCUUCGGGGACAGUCUGAACUGGGCUGGCUGUCUCAUGACCAUCCUGCUUGGCCAGCAGAGGAGGUUUGAGGCGCUCGACUUCGCGUAUCACAUCCUCAAAAUCAACAAGGCAGACCUCAAGGACGAUGUCAUCAAGGGAGUGAACCUGCGUCGGAUGUGUGACCGUAUCCGUAAGUUCCAGAUCCUGAACACGCAGAUCUUCGCUACCGUCAACAAGUACCUGAAGUCUGGCGACGCCGACAGCCUGCCGGUGGAACACGUCCGCUGCUUCCAGCCGCCCAUACACCAGUCACUCGCUAGCUCAUGCUAGGCACCCAUCCACCAGUCUCUCGCUAGCUCAUGCUAGGCAGGCUAGAUCUGCUAGACAUCAAGGGACAUGUUUAACUUAUAUACAGACUCUCAUCCUUCAAUCACUUGCUAGCUUAUGCUAGGCUGGCUAGAGCUGCUACUUCUGGCUAGAUCUGCUAGACAGCAAGGAUCUAGGUUGAACUCAGACCAGCUCAAUUUAACUGCCUGCUACAUGUAGGUAAUGCUGGCUCCUAUACUAACUUGCACAAAUUCUCUUGUUAAGCAAUAAGUGUUUAGCUUUUCAGCUAGAUAUGGCCAUGCUAGUUAUUCAACCCAUGGCUAGCUCAUGCUGGAGCUCCUGCUAGGCAGCGAUGGUCUAGCAUUUAGCUACAGCCUUGAUGUAAGAUGUUGCCAGAAUAUUAUCCAAUGUUCAAAGCAAUUCUACAGUUGCUUGUUUGUUGCCUAAUGAAGAUGAUAACAUGCGAUGGUGUAACUGGUAACUAAUCUGCCCAAAUUGUUGUUUUUAAACAAAAGUUGUUGACUGAAGUGUGAGAAAAGUCUUUAUCUAAAUGACCAGUUGGCACUGAUUAAUACAUGUACAUUUUGUGUUCAUAUAUCGCAUUGUAUUAAUCUUAUAGCAUUCCCUAAUACCUUUUGUAAGAGAUUAAUGCCAAAUCAGCUUUUAUGUAAAGGUGCACUGAGAGAAAUUCAACAGGACAUGUAAGAAGGGUUAGAUAGACAAUUGUCUGAUACUGAGACAUACAUGGCUCCAAGCUAGACAUUAAUAGGAGAUGUAAGAGUUAGGGAAAUUGACAGGGUAGACUUAGGAUUAUUUGAGGUAAGCAGAAGUGUGGAGUGCUUGCUGUGUCAUCCAUUCAGCCUGUCCUCCAUACACCACAGUUCUACCAUAGAUGCCACAUGUACCGCCUGUGCCACAUAAUGCAGAAUUGCCACAGGAAAAACUGCCAUAUUAUUGCUACAAUGUGAGAAUCAGAGAGCUUUGCCAUAUGUAGUGUUAGGGUGUAGCCUAGUGUAGGCUUACAUUUGCCAUAUGUAGCUAUGUAGCCCUUCAUAGCUUGAUUACUUACACAGCAAUCAUGUACACCAAGCUUUUAGCUACUAUACAGCAUACAAAUCUUCAGAAUUUGUUUAUUAUGUUAACUUCUGGCAUAAGGUACAAUAUCAACAGUUGAUUUGCUACAACAUUUUCCAGUUUGUAUACUAUUAUAGGUUAGUUUCAGGGAUAUAUUUAACAUUUCAUUCAGGGAAAUGCCUCUGAAGUUCUGAAUUUUCCAAGUGUUUUGUAUAAUUGUCUUCUGUACAAAGGGUGUUUGUCAGUCUGUAUGAUGUUUUCAUUUAGAGAUGAAGCCUGUAGUUUACAGCCAAUUGUCUGGGACAGACCAGAGUUGGUAUGGUUACAUGAUUAUACUGACAGCCUAUAAUAAUAAGUGAAUUGUCAGCCUUUUAGUCUUUAGCUUUGACAUACUUUUGUAAUAUGAACACAGUAAAAUUAUUCUUUUUUGUGUCUAGUAUGAAGAGCACAUAUAGACAAGGUGGAUCUUAAGCAAAUUAAGCCAAAUCUUUGUAUUUUAUGGACGUUAUGAUGAAGUUACAAUGUAACUGCACUUGUUUGCAUUCUUACAUUCCCCUAAGGUUUCAUCCCACUUGUGUUUGGUGCAGUCUUGUCCUGAUUUUGUACAUUAUUACUUGACUACAGACCUUUACAGCAGGCAGAUCUGUGUGUAGUACAGUUGAAGGUAACGGUUUGUAGUUAGCUAAUUUGUUAUGAGUGGUUACAACUCUGUAAAUGUG